ACCCUCUCCACUCCUUCAGCUUCAACCUCUCCCCUCUUCCUCUCCUCUCCUCUCCCCCCUCACCCUUUCCCUUCCUCCUUUCUCCUCCCUACUAUACAAUUCAAAAAAAAAUUUAUUGUCUGUGUGGCAAUAUACUUUCCAACGGAGUAUCUCUAUAAGCACAUUUAUCGAAUGUGCUCCGAUCGCCCCUCGGUCAUCACUUCAUCGCCACCAUCAUGAGUAGUGCAUCCGCCACCAUGACUGACUCCGAUUCUGGAAAACGCAAGGCCUCGGUCGCCGGUCUCUCCGCCCAUAAUCGUCCUGUGAAACGUCGCGCCUCGAAAGCUUGUUGCUGCUGCAGAGCUCGCAAGGUUCGCUGCGAUGUAGUGGAAAAUGGAUCACCUUGCACGAAUUGUCGCCUCGAUCAGGUCGAAUGUAUCGUCACGGAAAGCAAGCGGAGAAAGAAGUCGCGCGUCGACGUGGAUACCAACCACACCUCCGAGUCGCCCGGCGAGAUCUCCGAGGAGAAUCCUCUAGGCUCUUUGGGCUUGCACGGUAUGGCCGACAUGGAGCCGACUUCUCCCUCGCAGAACUCGGUCGAUAUCGACCACGGGCAACAUAUGCCUCAUCUACUCUAUCAAUCACAGGCUCAUCGUAUUGGCUCUGAUGAUCGCUUUCGUCGCCGAAUGGCUCCUAACCCAGCCGUUCCCUCGUCAAUGCCUCUCGCCAAUGCGACUCUGCAAAUUCAGCAAUUGCUAGAUCCCAAUUUUGCCAACUCCCGUACCGCCAACGGCUUUCUCCCCGAUUAUAUCCGUGGCCUGCCUGCUCGACUCCAGAAAGAGGAUAUCGAUUAUUUAGCCGCCAAGGGCGCCCUGACGAUCCCCGAUGUGACCUUGCGUAACGAAUUGCUCAAGGCCUACAUUCACUACGUGCAUACGUACAUGCCAUUGCUCGAUCUGGAGGAAUUCCUCCAGACCAUUGUGCAGAACGAUGGCAUCCACCGCAUCAGUCUCCUGCUGUUCCAGGCUGUCAUGUUCGCCGGUAUGGCCUUUAUCGACAUGAAACAUCUCCAGGCUGCUGGUUACCAGACCCGCAAAGCGGCUCGCAAGAUUUUCUUCCAGCGUGCUCGUCUCUUGUAUGAUUUCGACUACGAGGUGGAUCGCAUCUCUCUAGUUCAGUCGCUCCUUCUGAUGACCUAUUGGUACGAAACCCCCGAUGACCAAAAGGACACCUGGCACUGGAUGGGUGUGAGUCUCUCGCUGGCCCACACCAUUGGACUCCACCGAGACCCCGGCAACUCGCGGAUGGAUGUUCGUCGCCAGCGGAUGUGGAAACGCAUCUGGUGGAGCACGUACACCCGUGACCGACUUAUUGCGCUGGGUAUGCGACGACCGAUGCGUGUAAAGGAUGACGACUGUGACGUACCCAUGCUCACCCUGGACGAUUUCGAGUUCCAGAGCUUUUCUCCGGAAAUCGUAAAGAUGGUUGGAGACUCUGAGAUCUUGCAGAAUGUCAGCCACCAGCGAGAGCUGGCACUGAUGUUCAUUGAAAAGGCCAAGCUGUGCCUCUGCGUCAGCCAUGUGCUUUCAGCCCAGUACUCCGUACUGAGCCACAAGUUCGGUGGUACCAUGGAGACUACGAUGAUGCUGGUGCCGAAGAAAUCCACUGCUGAGACGUUCGAAGUGCGACGCUGUGACCAGGAAUUGGAGGACUGGCUGGCCAACCUCCCUGUGGAAACUCAAUAUUCGCCUUCCGAUGGCCACAAGCUAUCCGAGGCCAACGAGGUGCUGCACUCUCAUCGUGCUUUGCUGAAGAUGGUUUACCUCACGACCUCCAGCGCCCUGCACCGGCCUCAGGUCCUCCCCGCAGUCCCAUAUCCGUCCACGGACGCCGAGCUGCAAGAAAUGUCUCGCAACAAGGUGCGCUUCGCCGCGGUGGAAAUCACCAACAUCGCCCAGGACCUGCACGUCCUCGACCUGACUCGGUACUAUCCCACUACCGGUGUCACCGUCCUCCUCCCCGCUGUCAUUAUUCAUUUGCUGGACAUCAAGUCUAGCGACCCAAGUGUUCGUAUGACCAGCCUCCAGCGCUUCUACCAAUGCAUGCGCAUCCUACAACGUCUACGCGAGAUCUACGCCUCCGCCGACUUUGCCACCUCCUUCCUUGAAGCCGCCAUCCGCAAGGCCGGCAUUCAACUCACCGUCGCCCCGCAAGACGUACAAUCCUCUCGGUCCCGCCCCAACCGCACUACUACUACCGCCGCCUCCACCACAACUCCCUCUGCUUCAACAAGCACCGACCACUUCGACAUCCUCUCCCGCCCCAACGCCUUGACUCCCCCACCAGACUCCCUGGCCCAAAAAAUCCCCGACCUCACAUACCCCAAACCCGGUCCCGCGCCUACCCGCGCCCAAUCAACCGCCGACCUCUUCGCCUCCACACCCCCACACUCCGACGGCAGCGAAAACGGCAGCACAAACAACCUAAACCCCAACUAUGCCUCCCACGACGCCUUUGCCAUUCCAGACCUCCACUCAGAAAUGAGUCUUACCGAAUUAAUGGAUCUUGCCAACGACGCCGAAGUUACUCAAAACGACUUUGACGCUCUGAUCAACUUUGACGAUGCGGGCAAUGAUUUCUUCGCUGAGGAUGUCCAGCAGCAGCAACAGAACCAGCAUCAGCACCACCAGUCUGGUGUUUCCGUUGGUGUUGGCGCCGAGGAAAAAGCCUAUGAAUUCGAUAUGAAGGUUCUGGGCUUCGAUACCGAGCCUAAGGCAUUUGAUUUUGCGCAUUUGGCUGAGUCGCGUGGGCAUGGGGUUUCUGCCGAGGUUCAGCGGCUUGGGUUGACGGCUGAUUUGGAUACGGAUCUCGGGAUCGGAUUGGAUGAGUAAGCCCAACUUACUUAUUCUGGUGCUCCCUCCGGUCUAGGCAUUGGCACAAGCUGUCUUGUGUCGUGUGUCUAUGUGGAGGUUUUUUUCCAUCCCGUGUCUUUUUGGACGAUUUGUGCUUUUUGGAUGGUCUUUUAGCGGACUUUUUUAAUUUUUUGAUCUGUUUUAUUAUGCAGAAAGAUUGUGGGGUUUUUUUCUCCACAGGGGAUUUGAUUUUCCCCCUUUUGUAAUUCUUUUUUUUUCGAUUUCAUGUUCAUGUUCAUACUUGGCGCUUUUGAUCGGCUGGGUCUUUUUUUCUUGACGACGAUGACGAUGCCUCUUGUUCUUGUUUUAUCUUGGACUGGACUGGAUUUGACUAUGGAUAUAGAGGGAUUUCUUACAAAAAGCACGAAGCAAUGUCAAUGUGAAUAUAUGAUAUAUCUACCUAAAC